GCAGCCAGCCAAGCUAAAAUGGCAUGCCUCGAGACAGCAGCAGAAAGUGUGACGGAAGACGAUGGAGCUGGUGACUUGGUUGAUACGCAACCUAACGGCUUGGAACGGCUAGCUAAAGAGAAACAGGACAUGGAAGCAGAAUAUGGACGGCAAAUGUCACGAGCUAAAGAGUUCAUCUUGUCUCUGGACAAUAAUUUGAAGAGAGAGCAGCAGCUGAGCUUGAGAGUGGAGGAAGAGAAUAGAAAGUUGAGAGAGAAAAUGGAUCGUGUGACUGCAGAAGCUGAAGGUAUACGCACAGCUGCUAAUUUUCAGCAAGCAGCAAGUCAAGAAGAGAUUGCCACCCUAAGGAGACAAUUUGAAGAAGAGAUAGCGUCAAUGAAACACAUUGUGGAAGUGGCUGCUUCAGAUAGUAAAAGAGACUUCAUGGCUAAGCUGCAAGCUGAACGCAAUAGCUGGAUUCAAAACAAGCAGCAGCUUGAGUCAGAGAUUGCUAAUUUGCGAGGGCAGAUUAACUUUGUACAGCAACGUAACUUUUCCGAUUACCAUCACUUAAGUGGUGUGCAGAGACCUUCAGCAGCUGGAGGAUGGCAGCAAGGUGCUGUAGAUUUAAGGAGAUCAGGACAAUCGACACCAGAACCUCAGACAAGCCAGCAGCAGUCGCCAAGACAAGAAGCGAGUCUAGAAGAGAGCAUGCGAUGGGCUCAACAUAAUACAGAAUUUAUGCGCUCAAUUGUGGAACCAUUAGAAGAGGAAAUAUCCAUUCUGAAAGCAAAGCUACGGGAAGUCCAGGAAAAGUCAGACAUCUCCGAAGCUGAACUUGCAUCUCUUCGUGCUGACAGUACUCCUGAGUUGGGACUGAGUAUAUCUGAAUCAGAGAGAGCAUCUUGUGAGCCUGAUGAGAAAAUAAAGGAACUGGAAAAGGGUCUUAAUGUUGAGAAAUCAUCUAGAACAGACUUGGAGAUGUAUGUUGCAGUGCUGAAUACUCAGAAAGAUGUUCUGCAAAAAGAUAUGGAGAAGGUGAAAGAUGAGCUACAUCAUGUUUGUCGGCAGCUGGAAAAUGAGAAGGCAUCUCAUGAUUCUCUUAAGCAAACAUGGCAGAUGGCCAAUGUUCAGUUUCUUGAGACUCAACAACAACACCGAUUAGAGAUGAAGAAAGUUGCUGAUCUUCUUACGUCAGAGCAGUUGGAUCAACUAGGAAAUCUUAAAGCUGUAGUAGAAGAUAUACGGGAAAGCUCUGUUAAUUCUCCAGAAGUUGAAAGUGUUCUACAGUUGCAAGAUGGAAACAUGUUGAAUGUCAGGCCAUUGGUAGCUCCAUUGACAUCACCGACGAUCAGCCAGUCGCCAGUAGCUGGUGUGGGUGCACCUGUGGAGAGAGAAUCUAUUCAGGCUGCUGCUACCAGUUUAGCAAGUCAGCUGGAACGAGAUAAAAGUUCAGUAGGUGGUAGUGGUAGUGACCUUAUUCAACUUGAUUCACGAGAAUGUAAACAACAAAUGGAUCAUCUAUUAGAUGUGGGGGAAACAUUAUUGUCAUUGGCUUCUGGUGGUAUGAACACGAGUUGUCUUGAUAAAUCGUUAGUAAUAAAUGUUCCACAUCAUCAUGAUCAAACGGAUUCUCAAGCUACUGUGGUCAAGAGUCAGUCUACGUCUGACUUACUUGCUGAUGUUACAGAACUGGGCACUGCUCUUCGGUCAAUAUCAGUUGAUAGUAUUCCCCAUUUAAGUGAUGGAUCUCUUGUCGGUAAUAGUCACAAGUCUCCUGGCAGGACACGGCACAUUGUUUCUGUUCCACUUCCAGCUGAGAAUAGUACUAAAACAAUAACUGUAACAGAAAACGAAUGGUCAUCUCUCAAUGAUGAGGUGAAGGAAGCAAACAACAAGUUAGAACAACAACAGCUCUUGACUUUGAACUAUGAAGAUCAACUUCAGAAGCUACAAAAAGACCAUACUGUGUUGUGUAGAGCUUCAAGAGAAGCAACAACUCAAUUACGUCAUGAAGUGCACAAACUGAAGGCUCAGCUCCAAAGAGAACAACAACUACGAAGUCAGUUGGAGCGCAGCACUGCAGGAGCAUCUCAAGAACUACAGACUAGAGUUACAAUGCACUAUGAUGAACAUCAUGCACUUAAACUUCACGUCACAGAUUUGCAGGAGACUUUGAAUAUUAUGAAGAAGGAGACAGACACUCAACUGGCAACUCUUGGUGAUAACAAAGCACAACUGUGUGCUGAGAUUGAAUCAAGACACAGUCAGAUUGAUGCUCUACAUAAAAAACUAGAAUCUACUCAACAAGAGAUGGAAAGAACUACUGUUGCUGAAAGAAAGUCUAGAACUACUGCUACUACAGCCUUGGCUGCCGCUGAAGUUGAACUUGAACAGUUAAGGAAGAAAGUUAAAGACACAGAAGAGCAACUGAAUAGCGAGAACAUGUUCCUUCGGGACCAAGUUACAUCAGAGCAGUUUGCAAAAACUACGAUGGAAGAGAGCUUACAAGGGGAACUGACUACUGCAAAAAAUGAAAUAACUGUACUCAAGCAUGCAAGAAACGAACUUGAGAAAGAGAAGGAGCAGAGAGAAAAACUUCAGAAUGAGCUGCAACAGUUGGAUCAAUCGUUACGUAGUAUGAAAGGAAAGUCGAAAGAAACUAUUUUAGCAUUACAAUCUGAGCUAGAAGAAGAGCGCAAGUCAAGAAUUAAAUUAGAACAAGACAGUCGACAACAUCGUGCUCAAUUAGACAACCUUAAGUCACAGCUGGAGACAAGUCAGUCUGUACAGCGUGACUUUGUGCAGCUGUCACAAACACUGCAGAUGCAGCUGAAUCAGUUACAGGAAUCAAAGAACUGACAUGCACUGUGUAGCCACUUACCUUGAUUGUUAAGCUGUUGUUUCUAGCCAUCUAUUAGAAUUUAGAACAAUAACCUGUAUUUCAACUAAAUUUUGUAUGUAAUAAGUAUGAACAAUAAUUCAAGGUAGAAAGAGAAAGGUGAGCAUAACUAAAUAGCAGCCUGACUAUGACACUGCUGUAAACAUGCAGUCUAAUAUCUUCAGAGCA